CGGCGCGUGGUGGCGGGUGGAAACGGGCCCGGCGGGGCGCUCGGGGUUCUUCGGGCGGCGGGCAAGGACAAAGAUCCCCGAGACGGGUUCUGCGUGCGCGCGCCUCUGGCCUUCAGGGGCUGGUGCUGCAGGCUCUGCAGCUUGUGCUCUGCGCUCGGCACGACCUGAUGGCUCUGUUAAGAGCGGCCGAUCCCGAGCCCCGGUCGGGUGUGUCAGGUGGCAAAGUAGAUGUCUGGCAUGCUGAUCCCAUUUUCAGUGAAGAACUGCUUCCAGUUGCUUCGUAAUCACAAGAUUCCAGCAGCAGGCUUUAAAAACACCACAAAAGGUGGGCUCAUUUUACAGUCAAUUUCCAAUGAUGUAUAUCAAAAUCUGGCUGUAGAAGACUGGAUCCAUGACCAUGUAAACCUAGAAGGCAAGCCAAUUCUUUUCUUUUGGAGAAAUUCUCCCUGUGUUGUGAUUGGUAGGCAUCAAAAUCCUUGGCAAGAAUGUAACCUGAAUCUGAUGAGAGAAGAAGGUAUAAAACUGGCUAGGAGAAGAAGUGGAGGAGGAACAGUCUACCAUGAUAUGGGUAAUAUCAAUUUGACUUUCUUUACAACCAAAAAAAAGUAUGAUAGAAUGGACAAUCUGAAAUUAAUUGUGAGAGCACUGAAUGCUGUCCAACCCCAGCUGGAUGUUCAGGCUACCAAAAGAUUUGACCUUUUACUUGAUGGUCAGUUUAAAAUCUCAGGAACAGCCUCAAAGAUUGGCCGGACUACUGCUUAUCACCAUUGUACCUUAUUAUGUAGUACUGAUGGAACCUCUUUGUCUUCUUCACUAAAGAGCCCUUACCAAGGGAUCAAGAGCAAUGCCACUACUAGCAUACCUUCUUUAGUGAAAAAUCUUUUGGAGAAAGAUCCUACUCUGACCUGUGAAGUACUGAUGAAUGCUAUUGCUGCAGAGUAUGCUGCUUAUCAUCAAAUUGAUAAUCACAUUAAUCUAAUAAAUCCAACUGAUGAAACACUGUUUCCUGGAAUAAAUAGCAAAGCCAAAGAACUACAAACUUGGGAAUGGAUAUAUGGCAAAACACCAAAGUUUAGUAUAGACACUACUUUGGAUGUGUUAUAUGAGCAGUCACACUUGGAAAUUAAAUUAUUCAUAGAUAUAAAGAAUGGAAGAAUUGAAAUCUGCAAUAUUGAAGCACCUGAUCAUUGGAUACCACUGGCAAUAUGUGACAAGUUAAAUUCAAGUUUUAUUGGCAGCAAGUUUUGCCCAACUGAAACUACCAUGCUGACAAACAUUUUACUUAGAACAUACCCAGAAGACCAUGAACUACAUAGUAAAUGGGAUAUUCUUUGUGAAAAAAUUAGAGGAAUAAUGUGACUCCAAGCAACUAUUUAUAUUGUCAGUUUCAAUGAGAGAAUAAAACUUUUAAAUGCAUUGUAUGUC